AUGGCUACGAAGCAAGCCCAUAAAAGACUAACUAAAGAAUAUAAGUUGAUGGUGGAGAAUCCUCCACCUUAUAUUCUUGCCCGUCCCAAUGAAGACAAUAUUUUGGAAUGGCACUACAUCAUCACAGGUCCGGCGGAUACUCCCUAUAAAGCUGGCCAAUAUCAUGGUACCUUGACUUUCCCAUCGGAUUACCCAUACAAGCCACCCGCCAUCAGAAUGAUUACACCAAACGGACGUUUCAAACCCAAUACACGAUUAUGUCUUUCCAUGAGUGAUUACCACCCUGAUACCUGGAAUCCCGGUUGGUCCGUAUCGACCAUUUUGAACGGGUUGUUGAGUUUCAUGACUAGCGAUGAAGCUACAACUGGAUCCAUUACUACGUCGGAUCAUCAAAAGAAGCUCUUGGCAAAGAACUCCGUGAGUUAUAAUACUUUUCAAAAUGUGAGAUUCAAGCUGAUUUUUCCUGAAAUUGUAGAGGAAAACGUACAAAUAUUAGAAAAGAGAAGAUUAAUAGAAGGGGACGGUGCUGAAACGAAGGAAGAGACAGAAGAUGCUUUUACAAAAGCUGCUAAGGAGAAAGUGAUUUCUUUAGAGGAAAUACUAGAUCCUGAAGAUAGAAUACGUGCAGAACAAGCAUUAAGACAACAAGACAAUAAUUCAAAGAAAAAUGACAAAGAGCCUAACGGCAGUUCUUCCAUGGUUUAUAUUGGUAUUGCUGUUUUUUUAUUUUUGGUUGGUGCUUUUAUGAAAUGA